GUCCUGACUGAGUGAAUGUGUGUGUGUGUGUGCUACAGCUAUUGAGCAGUUUACAAAAGCAGAGUCUCGCGGACACACCUCAAGCCUUAAGAAGUGAUCCGGAGACGCACUGAUGUGGCCUGAACCACUUUAACAUUUUUUUUAUAUUUAACAACUCCAGUUGAAGAAGUCGUGUCGGGGUCGACUUUGAGGUAGAUCCGUGUGACCCUGGUCUAUCGCUGUCACCGGGGAGGAGUGUCAUGGCGGAGCCCGACUACCUGGAGGGAGACUGUGAUGAGCUCAUCAAACCCAAGAAGCUGAUCAACCCGGUCAAGAACUCCCGUAACCACCAGGACCUGCACCGAGAGCUGCUCAUGAACCAGAAGAGGGGUCUGGCUCCUCAAAACAAACCUGAGCUCCAGAAGGUUUUGGAGAAGAGAAAGAGGGAACAAGUUCUGAAGGCUCAGAAGGAGGAGCAGGAGGCUCACAAGAAGAGGAGCGACUUGGAGAUAGAGCUCAUGAAAAGACAACAGAAACUCGAGCAGCUGGAGCUGGAGCAACAGAAAAAUGAGGAUGAACAGGAGAACACCCCUGAGUUUGUGAAGAUGAAGAGCAACCUGCGCAGGACCAAGCAGGAGACCGAUGGGGAGGAACGGACCACCUAAAAACCAGCAGGGGUGACUGAGUCUGGCUGAUUGUGCGCGUGUUUGUGGGCACUGGAGACGUCAGGAGAGUGUCUGUACAAAAGAGAGAGUGUGUUGUCUGUGAUGCACGGUGGUGACCUGGCCGUGGUCCGAGAUGAACUUCCUGGCUUUCCCAACCUAGCUGUUCCUUCCCGCAGUGAGGAGAGAGACUUUACAGACUAAAGACCCCCCUCUAUCUGCCUGCCAAGGACCGCCAGUACUCACCUCUGCUCCUCGCACCCAUCCAGCAACACACAGCACCCCCUGCAGGAGGGACCUAACACAGACAUGUUACAUGUUAAACGCCUUCCAACGAGGGCGAGCAAGCUUCCAAUGAGCUCUGAUGGAGAAAACAACCAUACAAACACACACACACACACACACACACACUCACACACACAGGAGUUUUCAUCCCCUCUGUUUUCACUCCUCUCUCCACAGCAAGCUGCCGUUUCUCUUUACUGUUAUCAAUGUUGUUGUCGUUGUUGUUGUUUUUGUUCUCACCUUCAGAAUCAAAUAAGGAAAAGUGGACACUGGAUGGACUCUUGAAGCUGUGUAAUGUAAAAGCCAAACAAAUGUGCUUUUCUUAUUUAUGUUUUGUAGCUUUUAGCCCAGGUAUAGGGGAGAACACUUUUAGUGUAUUUUAGUUUGUUUUACAGCAUAGUUUAUGAAGCCAGAACAGGACAAAGGGAGUGUACGGUUGUGUGAAACACUCAUCAUGUUUGCUUUAUUUUUUUUAAAUUCCAAACAUGCCAUUUCCUCAGCUAAUGCAAUUUUGAGCAAUAGUAGAACUCCCAGGCAUGAGAGUGACCUUUUCUUUAUAUAUUCUGUUGUUUUGUAUGAAUAAAAGUGUUACUUAAUAAAUAAUUUAAGUUUAGGGUGGUCAAUGAGACUUGUCCUGUCUGAUCAGUCUUUGUGGGUUUUUAUGAACAAAUGUAGACCACCUGUCACAAAAUAUAUAUAAUUGAUUUAGUAGGAUAUCUGCGUGUCUCCUGAAACAACGCUGAUAAGUGUCCUGGAACUUUAUCACUGCAGUAUUUUGCCUAUUACAAUAGAGCCAUAAAUGUAGAGACCAAUAAUUUAAAUCAGUGAAUCUGAAUUUAAGUGGCUGAAAAACAAUGUUAGUUAGCGCCAUUACCAUACAUAACUUCCAAAAUGGUUACACAACAUGAGAAACUGUGAUAGCUUUUGAUGUUAAAGUGCAUAUGUAGUGGUUAUUUAAAUAUUGCACACAAUAUUAUGGGUCUAAACUUCUGGUGCGUGGGUCUCCAAGAGAUGAUAGCUAUUAUUCUAAUGCGAAGAAUCCGAUUCAUAACAACAUAACCCUGUGUUCUCCAGAAUCUUUGUUUAAAUAAACAUCAUUUUAACACGUUC